UCUUGAAUCAUCCACUGUUCUGAACGGACGUGUGUGAAUUCUCGUGAGAUCAAAUCGCCGCCAAUCUUGUCCAUCCUUGGUCGCAUCGCUUUGGAAUCAACCCCCGAAACAUCCGGAACAUCUCCAACAUCUAUUGAGAGCUACUGGCUACCUUCUCACUCGCCCCCAGCCCAGCCAGGAUGGGCUCACAUGGCUCUCCGUUUGACCGUGAUUGGGUGUGAGUGAGGGUGGCCGCUUCGCCUGGAACUCUCUGACGCCUACCACGUGGUGGUCGAUCGAUUUCGAUCUGCACCCGGCCUUGUGCCCGUUGCUCACCGGUCCACGUGGGGCACCGAGCGAUCGAAUGACUGACUGGCCGUGGGGGAUCACGGUGAUUCGGUUUGGCUCGUCUGAUCGGGAACAGAUAAAGAGAUUAUAUCGAUGAUUGCGGCUUUUGUCAAUUUGGACUGUUACUGUAUGGAAUCAAUUUCUUAAGCCUGUUACCGCGACUAUUGUAAGGCUUGAGCUUCGGGGUGCUUUGUUGGUAACAGCCUACAGACAGUCCUGCUUCCAAAUUGACCACAACUACUUAUCAUGCAAAUGGGGAAUGGUUCCUGUUUUUUUUAGCCGAAAGCAAACUCGAUAACUUUUACCAUCGGUCUCUUUCUAUCGAUUGAUUAGUCGUCACUGGCACUUGUCUCCAGGAUUCGUUUUGGCGGCAUUACUAGCUCAUCACCUCGAAGCAAAGGCUCACGUUUCUCUGAAGCGAUUCCGAUUGCCUUUGUUUGAUCGUUCUGACGUCGUCUUGACACAAUAAAAGCUCCUGAGCACCGAAACCUUGACGGUGAUCGUCCUUCUUGUGAAGCAGCCGGGCCUCAAACCUUUGGCUAGCCAAGCGGGAUCAAGAGACUGACGCGUUAUGGACGGAGGAUGAGCUAGUAUACACUCAGAGCGGGUCAGUACCGGAAAUGAUGACGGGUAACCAACGAAGACAGGUCAGAGUGUCAGGCGCCAUCAAUGUCCCAGGUUUUCUUGGGGUCGGAUGGAGUCAGAGUCCGGAUCCGACGCAAGAAUCACUGAACGUUGAUACACACACAUAUAUAUCCUCACGUUGGGAAACACAUUUCUAAUAUCUAUCUUGAGAAUAGGGAAAACAUGGGAACUGGGUAAAAACCGAACAACUUUAGUGUGGGUGGGUGGCGAAUUUGCUAUACUGUUAUUGAAACCUGACAGCCUUGCCUCGUUCAAAGUCGAAUUCAACCAGGGAUCUGCGCAAUGCCUAGCCCAGGGUUAUCUUGGACAGAUUCUACUCUCUAUUCUCAUGGGUAGAUCUUGGGGAAGUUUUCUAAUCUCAAAUGGUGGUCUUGGUUGAUGCAUUGCCUUGGCAGGAGGGAUUCCACGCGUUAAUUUAUUUUGUCACAGGUUUUCAGGGGACAGAUUUUUGGUAUCGUCCUCCUGGAUUCUGAUGUUCGUUGCUCACUCACGGUACAGUAUUUAAGUUCCUUGGCCGUCCUCCGCUCUCACUCGCUUAGUGGAGGAAACUCAAGAUGAAUCGUUACGGUGGAGGAAGUAGUUAUGGUGGAAGUCGUGGUAGCAGCUAUGGUGGUGGCGGCGGCGGAGGAGGAAGCCGCUUUGGUAGCGACCGUGGAGGCAGCAGUCGUUUCGGUGGAGGUGAUCGUUAUGGAGGUGGAGGUGACCGAUACGGAGGCCGUGGAGGUGGUGGCAUGAAGGGCAAGCAACCCGGUGAAGGUCUCCGCAAGGUCCGAUGGGACGAAUACAGUCUGGUGCCCUUCGAGAAGCACUUCUACAAUCCCCAUCCUAACUUAGUCAAUGCUGAUCCGGCCGCCGUGAACGCUUAUCGCAAGGAAAGAGAGAUCUCGAUCAUCAAAGGAUCUAACAUUCCCAAUCCCAUCAUGAACUUUCACGAGGGUGGCUUCCCGGACUACGUGAUGAAGGAGGUUGAGAGACAAGGCUUCACAACCCCAACUGCCAUUCAAUCUCAAGGCUGGCCCAUCGCUAUUUCUGGGCUCAACAUGGUGGGCAUCGCCAUGACAGGUUCGGGCAAAACCUUAGGUUACCUUCUCCCCGGUAUUAUUCAUGUCAACAAUCAACCCUACUUGGAACGUGGGGAUGGACCCAUUGUUCUGGUCUUGGCACCCACUCGCGAGUUGGCCCAACAGAUUCAAGAAGUGGCCACCGAGUUCGGCCGCUCAUCCAAGAUCCGAAACACGUGCGUGUUCGGGGGAGCACCCAAGGGACCCCAGCUCCGUGAUUUGGAGAACGGAUGUGAAAUCGUCAUUGCCACCCCUGGUCGAUUGAUCGAUUUCCUCGAGAUGGGGAAGACCAACUUGAGACGCACCACUUACUUGGUCUUGGACGAAGCCGACCGCAUGUUGGACAUGGGCUUCGAGCCCCAAAUCCGCAAGAUCAUCGAGCAGAUCCGCCCGGACCGUCAAGUACUUAUGUGGAGUGCCACCUGGCCUAAAGAAGUCCAACGCUUGGCGGAAGAUUUCCUCCAGGAUUACGUUCAAAUCAACAUCGGAGCUCUCACCCUCCACGCCAAUCACAACAUUCUUCAGAUCGUGGACGUGUGUGACGAGUUCCAGAAAGAGCAGAAACUGGCUCGACUUUUAGAAGAAAUUGGAUGCGAACCUCAUAACAAGAUAUUGAUCUUCGUGGAAACCAAGAGGAAGGCCGAUGAGCUGACCCGACUCAUGCGGAAGGACGGCUACCCAGCCAUGUGCAUUCACGGCGACAAACAACAGAAGGAGCGCGAUUGGGUCUUGGGCGAGUUCAAGCACGGUGCCACUACCAUUCUCGUGGCCACGGAUGUGGCUGCUCGUGGAUUGGACGUGGAUGAUGUCAAGUUUGUUAUCAAUUAUGACUACCCGAAUAACUCUGAGGACUACAUUCAUCGAAUUGGCCGAACCGGUCGCAAGGACCGCACAGGAACCGCCUACACCCUAUUCACCCCAGGAAACUCUGCCAAAGCCAACGAUCUCGUGUCAGUGUUACAAGAGGCUAAACAAGUAGUCAAUCCCAAGCUACAGGAGCUUGCCCACAGCAGCUACGGACGCCGAUCGGGUGGAAGUAGUCGCUAUGGCGGUGGUGGGCGUGGUUAUGGGGGUGGAUACGGCGGGGGUCGUGGUGGGGGUGGUCGAGGAGGCGGUGGAGGACGUCGUUGGUAAUUUCUAGGAGCUUCAUCCGUCCUAGAAGCAUUUAUCGUUGUUUGUCAUGUCCACUCAACCCUAUAUUCCAAUUUUGUCUCUCACUCGUAUGUACUACCAAGAACAAUUUCAAGAAAUAAGUAAACCUGAGAACCCCAAAGAUCCACACAUUCAA